AUGAUCACCACAGCUCUGCGUUGGCUCAUCCUAGUGUCUUUUAUCAUUCUUACCGUUGGUGGUAACGUGUUGGUGUGUUUGGCUGUGGGAAUGAGCCGUGGACUGUGGAGACUUGGUAACUGCUUCGUGGUGUCGCUGGCAGUGACAGAUCUCCUGCUUGGCCUGCUGGUGCUGCCCUUGUCUGCCACUGUGGAGUUGCGCAGCGGGAAAUGGCCCUUUGGAGGAGCUCUGUGUAACAUCUACAUUUCAUUAGAUGUCAUGCUCUGUACAGCUUCCAUUCUGACCCUCUUGGCGAUCGGUGUGGACCGAUACCUUGCCAUAUCUGCACCCCUUAGUCACUCCCGGAGAGUUACACCUCUAAGGGUGACUCUGGCCAUAACUACCAUCUGGGCCAUGUCACUAGUUGUGUCCUUUCUGUCUAUCCACUUGGGCUGGAACACAGCUGACUACAGAGUUCAAAACUUGGACUGGGGCAUGGAGGAGGAUGAAAAGGAGGGACGCUACUGCCAGUUUGAAUGGAAUAACAACUAUAUACUUAUUUAUGCCUUCGGCACAUUUUACCUGCCUCUGAUGAUUAUGUGUGGAUUAUAUCUUUGCAUAUUCAGGGUGGCGCGAGAACAGGCGAGGCGAAUUCGUGCUACCAUACCAUCAUUUGCACGUACAGCAACUGCAGCGGUAGCUCGAGAGCACAAAGCUACAGUGACCCUGGCUGCAGUACUCGGGGCUUUUGUCAUCUGCUGGUUCCCCUACUUUACCUACUUAACCUACAUUGGCAUGAAGGAAAAGACAAACCCACCAAACACACUUCACUCUGUAGUCCUGUGGUUGGGCUAUUUUAACUCCACCCUCAAUCCCAUCCUUUAUCCUGCUUUCAACAGGGAUUUCCGCAGGGCCUACAGAGGGCUGCUUCGCUGCAAAAGACUAAAUCGCAGAAAACUGCACCUUAAUGGUGUGUCUGUAAAUAAGCGAUUGGCCUUUACUGAUGGACAAAGACUGCCCCGAAAGUCUGAGAAACAUAUGCAAGAAUGA